AUGUUGGAAUUUGUAGGAAUAAUUUUAAUAACUUGUUGCCUACAUGAACUAGAUGGAUCGUCGUGUGCCUGGUGGAACACGAACUACGAAGCUUCUUCCAUUCUCCAUUUGUUCAAAUGCCGCAAACAGGACAGGAGUAAAUGUUAUUUUCAAUUCUUCAACAACAUCAACAAAGCGCAAAGUAAUAGAUCAAUGGAUAUGGAAUUAUUUACAGAAUCAAAAGCCGAUGGCGUCGAAACGAAGAGCACUUAUCAGAUUUUUAAAAACUGUUCCGAGCAGGUUUACAAUUUUACAAGCUCACUUGUAGAAAUACAAAAUCAGGAACACUGGUACCUCUUCUGUUUUUUCAUUAAGGAAAAAUUAAAAACGUGUAGAGAAACAGCAGAACAAUAUGACGAUCAUUUGAACGAAUGUAUCAGAACGGUGCCGCUGGGUAAUGCUUCCAACUCUGAAAACUGGAAAAAGUAUGUUCAUCAGAUGUUCGUUCAGUUAAAACUCCACAAGUUAAAAUACGCUAAUAAAAUUUGGCAUUAUUUAUUUUCCGCCAGCAACCUGCUAUCUGUAAUCUUCUUACUGACCACUCUCAUCAUUUAUAUCAUCAUCGAACACUGGCGUACCUUCCCUGGUAAAUGUAUUAUAUGCAUUAUAUUUUCAAAAAUAAGCUACAACCUGUCUUACAUAGCAAUCGCAUUAGACGUGGGUGAUGAUGUGUGCAUGGUGCUCACAUUAGCUGCAUGGUACUUUAUAUUCCUUGAUGUUUUGUGGCUCAAAGUGAUGGCUUUUGAUCUUUUAAUGAAUAUAAUGAGGAGGAAGAGAAAACACACACCGUGCAAUUUUGCGAUUGUUUCGAUUUAUGUUUGCGUAUUCACUCUACUUCUCUUUCUUAUUGAAUUUCGUCUGAUGAUAAGGAGAAUACAGAAAGAGGAUGCCUUGAUAUGCCAAUACCACGUUCCUGUCAAGUUGUUGUUCUCAUGCUACAUCACCAUCUACGCCUGCAACGUCAUCAUAUUUUCGGCCAUCUAUAUUAAAAUUAAAAUCAUUCUGGGCACCGCAACUAAAUCAGUUGCCAAAUCUCUAGAAAUUCCAAAAUUUAUGCUACGAAUCUGCUUGAAGUUGAGCCUUACAAUAAUCAUCGUGAUUGCUUUUGUAGUGUACGAAACGACGUGUGCAUAUUAUCUGAUAUUCAUCACGAAACUUCACGGCAUCUACAUUUUCUUCGUGCUCGUAUCUGAUGGAUACUGUUUGCAACUUUUGAAAAUUAAACUCAACCAUCUCACCAAAAAAACACAAGUCAAUUCGAACGACUCGCUGAACGCCAUCACUGAUUUGUGA